AUGCCACCCCCCAAGCUCUCCUACGGGCUCAACCUGCCAACCAAGAAACCGCUUAGCCAGAGACUCGGACCCCCAGGGUCCCAGAAACGCAAAAAGACGAUCUUCGACUCCGACUCGGAAGGCGAUGACCACAAAGCUGCCAGCACCAGCGCCAUCGAGAUCUCAACCCUCGGCGGACUAGACGAAUCCUCCCACCCCGCCAAACCCGCACCCACACAACCCCCCGCAAAGCGAAAACCACCCCCAGGCGCCCCCACCGGCAAACCCAACAUCAAGCCCCUAAUCAAGAACUCGAUCUUCGCUGCCGAAGACGAAGACGGCGACGAACAGGACGCACCGCCAAUGCCACUCGGCCUCAACCCCGCCAAGAACAAGGGCAGCGACUUCACAAACCUCUCCGCCCUCCGCAGCAGCAGGAAACACGCCGAGGACGCCCAACAGCUCGAUCCCUCCAUCUACUCCUACGACGCUGUCUACGACAGCCUGCACGCACAGACGAAGAAGAAGGCGGCGACCGCCGAGACAGGCGCUAGUGCUGUGCCGCGGUACAUGACCUCGCUGCUGCGCAGCGCGGAGAUCCGCAAACGCGACCAGCUGCGCGCGCGCGACCGGCUGCUCGCGCGGGAGCGCGAAGCCGAGGGCGACGAAUUCGCCGAUAAGGAGAAGUUCGUGACGUCUGCGUACAAGGCGCAGCAGGAGGAGCUGCGGCGGGUAGAGGCCGAGGAGGCGGAGCGCGAGCGGCGCGAGGAGGAGCGCCGCAAGCAGAGCGGCGGGGCGGGGUUGGUCGGCUUCUAUCGGGACAUGCUGUCGCGGGACGAGAAGCGGCACGAGGAGGUGGUGAAGGCGGCGGAGGAGGCGGCGCGGCGGGUGCAGGCGGGCGAGGCGGGCGAGGCAGCCCGGGAGGAGGAGGCGGCGGAGGCGGGGGCGGAGGAGAAGCGCGAGAAGAGCGAGGCGCAGAUUGCCGCAGAGCUCAAUGCCAAGGGCGCGCAUAUCGCCAUCAACGAGGAGGGCCAAAUCGUCGACAAGCGCCAGCUGCUGUCGGCCGGUCUGAACGUCGCGCCCAAGCCGAAGCCGUCCGCCGCCGCGGAGACCGCUGCGGCUGCGGCUGCUGCUCGCGCGGCGGCGUCCCGAUCGCGGCUGGACUCCGGGCAGCAGGCCGCGCGGGCGGGCCAGCGCGCCCGGCAGACGGAGAUGAUCGCCGCGCAGCUGGAGGAGCAGGCGCGGCGGGAGGCCGAGGCCGAAGCGGCGCGGCAAAAGGAAAUCGCGGACCGCAGCCGCAGCCGCAAGACGGAGGGCGAUGUGAUGAGUGCGAAGGAGCGGUAUCUGGCGAGAAAGCGGGAGAGGGAGCAGGCCGGCAAGAACGGGCCCUGA